AUGUUAAUUAACAAUACUACAGUAAACUAAAAGUUUAAAGUCUCAAAUAAUGAGAAUCGAAACACAUAGGAAAGCUAUUUUAAACAAGACAAGGAAAAUUAUUAUAACCAAUGGGAAUUAAAAUUAAAACAGAGGGAAACUUAAUUAGAAUAAAAAUAUAAAGAGUUAAAAAAUUUCUCUAGAAAAUUGAAGAUUAAGAGUGAUGAACUUGUGUAAUAAAAAUUAGAAUUAGGAGAAAAAAUAGAAAAAUAUAAUCGACUUUUAGAAUAAAUAAUCUAAGCAUAAAUGUCAGAGAGAUAAGUGAGUAGAAAUGCCUCAUUAACGCCAAAUAAUAAUAUUAUAAAAACAAAUAAAAUUGGAAUUAAUGAAUGUCAGCAAAGAGUUGCAAAUUUACUGUAAAAAAUUAGACACACCAGCAAAACUAAUUUAAAAACUCAAUAAUAUUCUUAUUUGGGAAAUAAUUCUGAUUAUGAAGAAAUCCUAUUUAGUAAAAGACAAAACCAUUCUACUUCCUUAACAGGGAUUAUGAAUAUAAGUGCACAAGAUUAAAUAAAUUAUUAACAGUAAUAAUAAUAAUAAAAAUAAAAUGAAAUUUAAUAAUAAGAAGGAAUAAACUAAAAAUCAUGCUUGCUUUGUUGUGAAAAUGAGUUAAUGAAUCAUGAAUAGUAAUUGUAAUAAAUGGAGACAAGCUAAAGGCAGUUUUAUUCGAAAGUAUAUGAAGAAAUGAAUAAACUCAGGUAACAACUUUGA